AUGGCUGAAGGGUCUGCUUUGGAGUUGCACAAGAAACGAUGGCUUCUUGAAAAUAACGUUCAGACGUCUGAUGUGAUUUUCAAAUAUAACAAAGAGGAACAACAAUCUAUCAGAGCUUUGAAGCCAUGGGAGAGAGACCCGAACUAUUUCAAGGUUUGUUUGUUUCUUAUUUGAAGGUCCUCCAUGCUUUUGAAAUUUAGGUUAUGUUUUUAGGAGGUAAAAAUGUCUGCACUUGCACUAUUGAAGAUGGUAAUCCAUGCACAAAGCGGUGGAAAUAUCGAAGUAAUGGGUCUGAUGCAAGGACGAGUUGAGACUAACACUAUCAUUGUAAUGGAUAGCUUUGCUCUACCUGUUGAGGGAACCGAGACCCGAGUCAAUGCUCAAGCCCAGGCUUACGAGUACAUGACCAACUACUCUGAGACUUGUGAAGCGGUAGGAAGGUUUGAAAAGGUGGUUGGAUGGUAUCACAGCCAUCCUGGUUACGGCUGUUGGCUCAGUGGUAUUGAUGUGGGAACGCAGAAUUUGAACCAACAGUAUCAGGAGCCAUUCGUCGCCGUUGUUGUAAGUAAUUAAAUUAUUUGCUUGUUUAAUUUUUAGAUUGAUCCGAUUCGAACUAUCUCGGCCGGAAAGGUUGACAUUGGAGCUUUCCGAACUUAUCCUCGUGGAUACAAACCUCCAGACGAAGGGCCAUCCGAAUAUCAGAGUAUCCCUUUGAACAAAAUCGAAGACUUUGGAGUUCAUUGUAAAAAUUAUUAUUCUCUCAAUGUUACUUACUUCAAGUCUUCGUUGGAUACGGCAAUUCUAAAUGCUAUGUGGACGACCUAUUGGACGAAUACUCUAUCAUCCAAUUCUCUCAAAACGAAUGCCGAUUAUUUGACUUCACAGUUAAAGGAUCUCGCUGCAAAAUUAGAACAAGUAAGUUUAAUUUGCUCGUAUAACGUUAUGCUUAGGUUGGAAACAAAAACUCGGCUCUGUUCACGGAAAGAUUGAGCAAAGCGACCAGGGACGGCCAGAAGCUGGGAUGUGA